AUGUAUGGAGGGCAUAACAUCAAGACCCAGCUGUUUGAGCUCGUGUUGCAAAUAUGGGAAGUGGAAUUGGUUCUACAGGACUGGAACGAUGCCACUAUAAGCAAAUUAUACAAAGGGAAAGGUGACCUCUCGAACUGUAGCUCGUAUAGAGGCAUCGCCUUGCUGUCUGCUGCUGGCAAGAUAAUGGCGCAUAUUAUUAAUGGCCUAGUUAAGCAGGCUGAGAGUUUUCUUCCUGUAAGCCAAUGUGGCUUUAGACCAAAUAGAGGCACAGUUGAUGCUGUCUUUGUUCUAAGACAGCUUCAAGAAAAAUACCUUGAACAGCAUUGCGCCCUCUAUAUGUGUUUUGUCGACCUCGAAAUGGCUUUCGACCGUGUCCCAAGGGCUGCCCUUUGGAUUGUCCGGGAGAGGUAUGGGUGUGCACCAAAAUUUGCCAAUUGUCCAAAGUUUGAAAAUUGCUUUACAACACAAUUCCCAGUAACAAGUGGCGUUAAACAGGGCUGUGUCAUGGCACCUACACUUUUUGCCAUUUACUUGUCUGCGGUAAUGAAUGACGUCAUUAAGAAAUCUGGGAAUGGACAAACCCUCAGUGUUCGCAUGGACAGAUUCGGACAGUAUUCGACCAAUCGCGCUUCAAAGCAAAACGCAAAGUCACUACUGUCCCCGUUACCGAAACUCAAUAUGCCGACGAUGCCUGUUUUAUGGCUGGUAGCCUUGCUGAUCUCCAGGAAUGUCUCGACAAUUAAGACGAAUAGUGCCGCAAAUUUGGCUUGAGCUUACUACAUCACGAUCCUUUCAACUAUCUGGACUGUACCUGUAUUUAAGCCCCGCUGUGUACCCGUAACCGACGGUCGUGUGUUGCGCAUCCGACUGCUCCGAUGCUCUAUCGGCAGUCGAAGAGAUGCACACAAUGGAGACACACAGAGGUCAAGUUAG